UGUUUUCUUUCACAAUUUCCUAGGUUUCUAUCUGAUUAUAUCAAGAGCUGAUCUAUCCAUGAAGCAUAUUCAGUCUGCUCUAACAGGGGAGGGAAGCUCCAGGAAAGAGGAACAAAGAAGCCCAGCCCAAAAUCUGAAAAAUAAACCAUGAAGCUCAGUGAGAGAGACUCAGCAGAUGACAAAGAAGGCGAUUUGGUGAAAAAGAAAUUGGACUGGUCCUGCUCGCUCCUCGUGGCCUCUCUCGUGGGCGCCUUUGGCUCCUCCUUCCUCUACGGGUACAACCUCUCGGUGGUGAACGCCCCCACUCCGUACAUCAAGGCCUUUUACAAUGAGUCGUGGGAAAGAAGGCACGGACAUCCAAUAGACCCGGACACUCUGACUCUGCUCUGGUCUGUGACCGUGUCCAUAUUCGCCAUCGGUGGACUCGUGGGCACAUCGAUGGUGAAGCUGAUUGGAAAAUUUCUUGGGAGGAAGUACACUUUGCUGGUCAACAAUGGGUUUGCAAUUUGCGCUGCAUUGCUGAUGGCCUGUUCCCUCCAGGCAGGAGCCUUUGAAAUGCUCAUCUUCGGACGUUUCAUCAUGGGUGUGGAUGGAGGCGUCGCCCUCAGCGCACUUCCCAUGUACCUGAGUGAGAUCUCGCCCAAGGAGAUCCGGGGCUCCCUGGGGCAGGUGACCGCCAUCUUCAUCUGCAUUGGCGUGUUCACCGGGCAGGUGCUGGGCCUGCCUGAGCUGCUGGGAAAGGAGAGCACCUGGCCGUACCUGUUUGGAAUGAAUGCCGUCCCCGCCGUGGUCCAGCUGGUGAGCUUGCCCUUUCUCCCCGAGAGCCCACGCUACCUGCUCCUUGAGAAGCACAACCAGGUGGGAGCCAAGCAAGCCUUCCAGACAUUCCUGGGCAAAGAGGACGUCUCCCAAGAGAUGGAGGAGGUCCUGGCGGAGAGGCGUGUGCAGAGGAACAUCCGCCUGGUGUCCGUGCUGGAGCUGCUCAGGAGUCCCUUCGUCCGCUGGCAGGUGGUCACCGUGGUCCUCACCAUGGCCUGCUACCAGCUCUGCGGGCUCAACGCGAUUUGGUUCUACACCAACAGUAUCUUCGGAAAAGCUGGGAUCCCUCCAGAAAAGAUCCCAUACAUCACCUUGAGCACAGGUGGCAUCGAGAUUUUGGCUGCCGUCUUCUCUGGCUUGGUCAUCGAGCGCCUGGGACGGAAACCCCUCCUCAUUGGCGGCUUUGGGCUAAUGACCCUCUUCUUUGGGAUCCUCACCAUCACGCUGACGCUGCAGGACCACGCCCGCUGGAUCCCUUACCUGAGUAUCGUGUGCAUUCUGGCCAUCAUCGCCUCCUUCUGCAGUGGUCCCGGCGGCAUCCCAUUCAUCUUGACCGGCGAGGUCUUCCAACAAUCACAGCGGCCGGCUGCCUUCAUCAUCGCGGGCACCGUCAACUGGCUCUCCAACUUUGCUGUCGGCCUCCUCUUCCCAUUCAUCCAGAAAAGUCUGGGCACCUACUGUUUCCUGGUCUUUGCUGCGAUCUGCCUCACAGGUGCUGUCUAUUUCUAUUUUAUCCUGCCUGAGACCAAAAACAGAACCCAUGCAGAAAUCAGCCAGGCAUUUGCCAAAAGGAACAAGGCAUACCCACCAGAGGAGAAGAUUGACUCAGCUGUAGCUGAUGAUAAGAUGAUUGGAAAGCCUGAACCAGACUCCUCCUCCACCCUGGACAAUUAUGUCAAAAAUGAGAUUGUCUAAAUGGAUGAUCUCACCAUUUCAGGAAACCCAAGAUUUCCCUAUGAGUUUAACAUAAUUAAGUAUUUAAAAAUAAACCUUUGCUAAUCUAAUAUCACAACCAUUUGG